UUCUAUAAGUGCCACUGAGACUUAGUUAAGUCUGUUGGAAUCCAAAGUGGCUAAGACCCAGCAUGACCUCAGCCUCCAUGCUUCUCAACCAAGAAGGCACUUCGGUACCUUCUAGAACUUACUCCUUUUGCAGCCGGCCCCGAGCUGUGCCUGUCAGAAAGCGAUUCCGGACGACGACACCAGAAACCGAUGAGACAGAAGAAAUCCCCAAUCAGUAUGGGAACCUCAUGUAUGACAGAAGAGUGGUUCGAGGCAACACAUAUGCCGUUAACUCAAUGUAUUGGGAUACUGAACUACCUGAUCCUGUUCAGAUCCAGAAGCAAAGAGCAGCCCACAGGAAAAUGCUGGCUAGAAAACGAGCAAAGGAAACAGAUACACUUGACACAGAGAUACUUGGCCCUCAGAUUAUGGAGAGGAGAACCCGUAUCGAUGUGCAGACAGAAUUGUACCUGGAAGAGAUUGCAGAUCGCAUUAUGGAGGCUGAUAUGGAGUGUCAAACAGAUCUUUUCCUGGAUAGACCAGAGACCCCGCUCUUCAUUCCAGAGAAGACUGGGACCGAUGUCGCCACACAAAUAGAAGAAGGAGAGCUUUUUGACUUUGAUAUUGAAGUCAAACCAGUCCUUGAAGUUUUGGUUGGGAAAAGCAUAGAGCAAGCUUUGCUCGAAGUCACAGAAGAAGAGGAGCUAGCCAACCUGAAGGCCCAUCAGUGUGCAUAUCACGAACUGCGCAACGCAGAGAUAGCAGAAGUGCAACGUCUUGAAGAACAAGAGAGGCGGCACAAAGAAGAAAAGGAACGUCGUAUGGCGAAGCAGACAGAAAUACAGGACAAAGAGAGAGAGGUCUCUGAUAAAAUUGCAGCUCGGGCAUUUUCUCUGCAAUACCUGUCCAACCUCAUUCCUUCAGUCUUUGAUAAUCUUCAAAAUAAUGGGUUCUUCUAUGAUACAGUAGAAAGAGAUGUUGAGAAAGGAUUCCUUCCAUAUUUGAUGAACAAUGUUGAACAGAAUAUGGAGAAGAGGCUUCUAGGAAAAACAAUGGUUGACUGCUUAAUUAAAGAGGUGACUGAAAAGAGGUUGGAGGAGUUUGCCGAAUAUCAGAGGGCUGCCUCAAUGAAAAAACUUCGAAUGCUAGGCAUAAUCCACCAAUAUUCCAGUCAGAGGGAUCCUUUCCCAAGCUCUAGCGGAGUUUCAUCAUCUCGGAGACCUCAUGAUCAUGCAGACUCGCGUCAGAAAAAAAAGGCACAGUCAACUAAGGAACCUAGGCCCCACUAAUACAAAAAGAAUCAGCGAUCCUGAUAUGUCCAAGAGAAUUUCAAAUCAUCAUUUGGGGAAAAUGGUUGAAUCUGUUACGGUGGAAAUUAUCCCCAGGAUAAGCAAUAAAUCGAACACUACUGUUUUUCAAAUGUCUGCCGACUCCAUUAUUUGAUUUAGUCAUCAGUCUCUCAAAGCUCACCAGAAGUCUCGCCCGGUACGUCACUCACUUCCUCUGCCAUGCUGCUCAUAGUUCCAGCUGUGAUCAGAAGACACCCCAGUCUCCCAAUCACAGAAACAUCUGCCAUCAUGGUUAGAGGGUUUGCCUCUUCAGAUGAAUGCUGCUGGAACUGUAAGCAGCAUGGGGGAGAAGGUGAGUGAUGUGCCAGGAUGGGGCUUCCACUGUGGUUAUAGAGGCUGUACGUGAACCUCUCAAAGAUUUUAUUUAUAUAUUUAUUUGAACUAUGCUACAUUUGUUUUUAGUGUAUUUUUAUGCAAACUGUGAUGAUGAUAUGCCAUUUGAAGGAUCCACUGGGGCCAAACAGCAGAGUAUACACAUGUUUAUUGAUAGAUACAUAUCUUCUUUGUUGUGCAAAAAGAAUUAAAAUGUAUUAACUGUAAUAAAGAAACAUUCCAC